CUGCAGAGAAACCGUAUCACGGCUCAGACUGUGGGAAGAAUUUUUUUGAACAGAGUAAUCUCAAUAGACACCAACUCAUUCACACUGGAGUAAAUCUGUAUGACUGCUCAGACUGUGGGAAGAGUUUUACUGACCAGACUCAACUCCAAAAACACCAAAUCAUUCACACUGAUGUUAAACCGCAUCUAUGCUCAGAGUGUGGGGAGAGCUUUACUGAACAGAGUCAACUCCAAGGACACCAACUCAUUCACACUGACGUUAAACCGUAUCUGUGCUCAGAGUGUGGGGAGAGCUUUACUGAACAGAGUCAACUCCAAGGACACCAACUCAUUCACACUGACGUUAAACCGUAUCUAUGCUCAGAGUGUGGGGAGAGCUUUACUGAACAGAGUCAACUCCAAGGACACCAACUCAUUCACACUGACGUUAAACCGUAUCUGUGCUCAGAGUGUGGGGAGAGCUUUACUGAACAGAGUCAACUCCAAGGACACCAACUCAUUCACACUGACGUUAAACCGUAUCUGUGCUCAGAGUGUGGGGAGAGCUUUACUGAACAGAGUCAACUCCGGAAGCACCAAUUCAUUCACACUGGAGAGAAACCGUAUCACUGCAUACAGUGUAGCAAGAGCUUUACUGAUCAAAGUAAACUCAAAAGACACCAGCGCGUUCACACUGGAGAGAAACCAUUUUACUGCACAGUCUGUGGGAAGAAUUUUAAUGAUCAGAGUACACUCCGAAGACACCAACACAUUCACACUGGAGUUAAACCACAUCAAUGCUCAUAUUGUAGCAAGAGCUUUACUGCACAAAGUGAACUCACAAGACACCAGCGCAUUCACACUGGAGAGAAACCGUAUCACUGCACAGUCUGUGGGAAGAAUUUUAAUGAUCAGAGUACACUCCGAAGACACCAACGCAUUCACACUGGAGGGAAACCGUAUAACUGCUCAGACUGUGGGAGGAGUUUUACUGGGCAGAGUAAACUUCAAACCCACCAAAUCAUUCACACUGAAGAGAAACCGUAUCACUGUUCAGCAUGUGGGAAGAGCUUUAAUCGACAGAGUUAUCUGAAAAAACACCAGCGUAUUCACAGUGGAGAGAAACUGUAUCACUGUUCAGACUGUGGGAAGAAAUUUAUUGAACAGAAUAAACUCAAAAGACACCAACGCAUUCACAGUGGAGUAAAACCACA